CUCUUUCCCAUUGUGACUGUACGAAAGUGUCCGAGGGGCGCUGGACGGAUCCACACCUGAGUCCAGAAGACUUGUGCUAUAACCUACACCAGGAGUUUGGAUACCAUGCAAAAUUCCUGCCGUUGUUGAUGACGAGCCAGCAAAUGCACGCGGAAUUUCGCCCGAGACGUUAUGCCUGGGGUACGUUCACGAUCAUUCCCACAAACUCGAUCCGCGAACCAGAUCUAAGAAAUCAGACAACGCGAGCGCGAUACUGUCAACACUUGAAUUAUGAACCGAAGUUAGAUGGGUGGCCGACAAUCAGCCAUAUCACGCCGUAUCCGGAGAAUGCGAAAAGGCGGCGGAAAGACGCCGUCAAGGCGCCUUUGUUGUCAUUUAAGAGGAUCGAUGUUGGGAUCUGGAGUGAGAUUCGGGAGAUCAAGUUAGACCUGGAGUUCUCUUAUUACAAUGAUUGGAAGAAAGUCCGACGCGAGCUAGCCUUCCUGGCACGUAUGCUCAAGAAACGGGUCUUCCCGCUCCGCACGCUUUAUCUGACUAUGACGUGGGAGAUAGCGGGAGAUACUGGGGUCAGGGAUAUCAAGAAAUACAACGAAAAAACUUCUUUUGACGAUAAUUGGAGGGAUAUUGUGGAGCCAUUGAAGAAGAUGACAUGGACAGAGAAUGUUGCAAGACGAGUGCAGUUCCACGUAAAGGAGAAGGGUCGUUGGAGUAGCGGAUCUCGCGGGUAUAGAAGUGAAAGUGUGGAGCAGUUCUUAAAAGGAAUGACUGCGGCGAGCGAAGAAGGGAGGUUGGACGUUGUAGAGAAUGGUCUAUUAAGAUAUCAUUGAGAUGGUUGGAAUAUUGGCGGAUACUGGGGGAUAUUGAAGGGAAAUUAAUAUUGGACUUGCUACUGGAAUGGACGAGAGGAUCAAGGGAAAUAAGGUGUUUGCUCUGGGCCAGGUGAGACUAGGAUGUGGGUAUCUUGUUUUCCUUCAAUAUUGACUGUACGAUGGCAUUUUUACGCAACAACAUUCUUUAGUCUCAUUUAUUGGCUCAGAAUCCUUACCGCAUAGCGAUGCCUACGACCAAUCACCGAGGAUCUGAUUUAUCAAUCCAGCUACUACAUAGCAGUCGAACUCUCGAGUUCUACCCCGGAGAGCACAGUUCGGUCAUGGCGUGGACAUGGGGCGCAUCUUAGG